CAACCCACACCGCAUUUGCCGCUCAUCGCACAGCAACAGCAGGGGUGCAACGGGAGGAGGAUGGCUGAAGGGUUGGUGGACUUCGGGGCUGGCUGGAUCUCCGGCGCCGCAAGUAUUGUAUUAACCCAGCCCCUGGACAGCGUCCUAGUCCGGGUGCAGGCCGGAACAGCAGCAGGCAGCAGCUCUCUCACAGCCGCGAUCAAGGACCUCCUGUCCUCCGGCGGUGGCGCCUCACUCUGGAAGGGGGCGACCCCGAUGAUGUGGAGUGUGCCCGCACAGAACGCCCUCUUGUUUGCCGGAUACGGGGCCGGUCUUGGGUGGUGUUCGCAGGGGGGGCGGCAGCAGGACGGAGCCCCGUCUUCCAUGUGGCAUGUGUUUGCGGGGGGUUGCGCCGGGGGAUUCGCGCAGAGCUUCGUCAUGAGUCCUGUCGAACUGGUCAAAGUGCGGCUGCAGCUACAGGACCGCGCCGUCCUCAGCGCGGCCGCCGCCGGCACCGGCAGCGGGGGCGGAGGCGCUUUCGCCCUGGCGACGGGGGUAGUGCGCACCUUCGGGCUAUCGGGGUUACUCUCGACGGGUCUCGGGGCAACGAUGGGCAGAGAUGUCCUCCCACACGGGUUGUGGUUUGCGUCUUACGAGUGGUGCAAGCAAGAGUUUUCCGCAAGAGAAGGCGUCAAGGCCUGCGACAACGGCGUCCUUAGCGUCGGGGCUCAGCUUGCAUCGGGGGGCAUCGCGGCGACGACCGCUUGGCUCGUCGGGUACCCGUUUGACAUCAUCAAGACUAGGAUACAAGCCGCCGGUAUGACAAAGGUGCCAGAUGGAGUUGUGGCCACGGCGCGGCACAUGGCUAGCGUAGACGGGAUGGGGGUCUUCUAUCGAGGCUUCGGCCUCAAGCUUGCCCGAGCUGUGCCAAUGUCGAUGAUCGGCUUCUUCGCCUAUGAGCUCGCUGCAAAACGGCUCCGAGACAUGCUGGCCACCUCGUGAACUGCAUCAGACAUCGAGGGUGCCCCUCACGCCCACAGCAUUCCACUUGCCGGGGCGUUUUUGUGCGCCUAAU